AUGCACUAUGCUAUUAUUAAAACUCAUUACAGGCAUAAAAUUGAUGUAGAAUAUUCUAAAAAUCCAGCUGAGUUAAUAAAUGAACAGUUGCUACAAUUAAGUACUCCAGGAUUGAACUACGUCGAUUUCUCAACAUCAGUGUAUUCUUCAAAAGAUGAAAAUGUUGCAAUUAUACCAUUCAUAGAUUCACGCGAUCUCGUUACUGAUCCACCAAUCGCUCUAGGUGGAUUAGGAAUAUUUUACAAAAGUAAACCCGGCUACGGUGGAUUUAUAGCGUUUAAGUAUAUCACAGCUAACUAUAAUAUUCUUCUUGACAGAGAUCAUGCUCAAAACAAUGGAAAAUAUUGCAGUAAAUCAUCAAUUUAUAACGAAGUAUAUCAACUUUAUGAAUCUAUGUUAGCAAGCGUUAGUAAAGGAUACACUAUAAUUUAUAUGGCUUACGAGUUCCAACAACGAAGUACUGGAAAUACAGAUGAUCGGCGUCCUGCACAAAGAAAUAUACUAGAACAAUGUAAAGAAAUAGUUGUUCGUAUGACCUCUUCAGCAAGCAGUUAUUUGAAGAAAAUUGAUAAUACAACAUAUAAAAAAUCACAAGAGUGUGACCCGGAAGAAUGGGCUGAAGGUGUGAAUUACAUUCGUUUGAAAAAUCAUGUUUCGUAUCAUGAACCAAGUACAAAAUGGUACGCUGAUCGACAUGCAAUAUUCUUAAGAAAUACGAAGCCAGAAUUCGAAUGCAACGGUACACAAACAUUUUGGAAUCCAGAUAUUGAAGAUGGUGUCAUAUACAGCUUAAACUGUCCACUUAUUUUUGUCAGUAAUUAUACCGAAGAUAGCAGUUGUCAACGGUUUCCAAAUAACGAUUUUAAGAAAGAUAAAAACACCAAUUGGAAAUCAGCAUGUACUCUCGGAGAUAAUUCAAGAUUAGAACAAUUAUGUGCUUGCGAUAAACAAGUCGAUCGAGAUACUAGUAUACGAACACUAAGUUUAAGAGAACAUUACACCGAUAGUGCUGAUAAUCGAGUUGUUACCGGAAUACAAUUUAUUGUUAGAAAUAAUAUCGUUAUGAUACGAAUUCGAGAAGGUAAACUAGUAAAUGGUAUUAUAGACCCCCAAACCGUUAAAUGGAUAGAUGAUGAUGAGCAGCAUCCUGAAAUAGGUCCUGACACAGUGAAGCUCAGUUAUAAUAUACGAGCGUUUGAAUUAGAUGACAUAGAAUUGCCUGAUGGGCACUUGGUAACAGGAGUCAAAUUCAGAGUGACAAAUGAAAAGCGCAUAUCAUUAGUAGUAAGAGGAUCAGCUAUGUAUGAUGAUAAAAAAAAAACUUUCCCAACAAUUCACGAUCAAUGGUAUUAUACAACACCUGAUCCAGAUACACCAAGAACUAAUAUUGAUAUACAAUAUUCAAAAAAUCCAGCUGAUUCAAAUGAUGAUACUCUACAGUUAAGUAAUCCAGGAUUGAAUUACGUUGAUUUCUCAACAUCAAUAUAUUCUUUAAAGGAUAAAAAUGUUGCAAUUAUACCAUUCAUAGAUUCGCGCGAACUUGUUACUGAUCCACCAAUCGCUCUAGGUGGGUUAGGAAUAUUUUACAAAAGUAAACCCGAAUACGGUGGAUUUAUAGCGUUUAAGUAUAUCACAACCAAAUAUAAUAUUAUUCUUGACAGAGAUCAUGCUCUAGCUAUGAAUGCUACUUUAUCAGACAAACUAAAAUAUUUAGAAUGA